AUGGCAACCAAGACAGAAAAGAAGCUGUCAGAGUACGUGAUCCAGCGGAAAGGGAUUCUUGUAGUGCAGAAGGCAGUGGAAAAGUUCGCGGAGAAUUUCGAUUGCGAUCGGGAUGCGUGCCAAAUUCCAAUUCGCCUUGAUUCACUGGACCGGAUCUACAAGGAGUACCUGGAGGUACAAGGACAGAUCGAGUUGUAUGAUAAACCGGAGAUGUUGGAUACCCAUCUGCAAGAGAGAAUGGAUUUCGAGACGCGUUAUUGUACGGUCAAAGGAUUUCUGCUGUCCAAUCGUGCUGCGGACCUCAACCCAACCAUGCUGAACAGCACUAUGGCGGCACCUGCCCAUGCUUCGUCCUCGUUUCAUCUACGAUUACCUAAGAUCGACCUUCCCAAGUUUAGCGGUGACUUCUCACGUUGGCUCGCUUUCCGUGACACGUAUACGUCGAUGAUCCACAGCAAUGCAGAUAUUCCGACGGUUGCGAAGCUGCAGUACUUGCUGCAGUCGCUGGAGGGAGAAGCCCGGAAACCUUUCGAGUCCGUAGACAUUGAAGCGGACAACUACGCAUCGACUUGGGAAGCAUUGCUAAAGCGGUAUGACAACAAGCGAUUCCUGAAGCGUCAGCUCUUCCGAGCAUUGUACGACCUCCCACCGGUCAAGCGAGAAAACCCUCCAGAAAUCCAAGGAUUGGCUGACGAUUUCCAUCGGCAUGUGCGGGCUUUGGCAAAGUUAGGCGAGCCAGUCCAUUAUUGGGACACCCCGUUGGUCAACCUCCUUUCCUACAAGUUGGAUCCAACUACGCUACGUGCUUGGGAGGAGAAAACCAGCAAUAACGACGACGUUACCUAUGAUAUGCUGAUCGAGUUCCUCUACCAGCGUGCCCGAAUGCUGACAUCUGUCGUAACUGACCUGCAAUAUCGGUCCCAACAACCGGUUACAGCCAAGGUGGCCGGUCCGAUUCCAACCCCAAAGCCGUUCAAGGUGGCGUACAAGGCAGCUACCGUUGAACCGAACUACAGUGCUCCGUCGUGCCUCGCUUGUCCAGACAAGCAUUUCCUCUUCCAAUGUCCUGCAUUUUCCGAGGUGUCCGUCCGCCAGCGCCGUGAGCUGGUUUCCCAAAAGCGCUUAUGCUGGAAUUGUUUCCGUACUGGACACCAAGCCAGGAAUUGUACCUCCAAGUUCUCUUGCCGUUACUGUCACGAAAAACACCACUCCCUGCUGCACGAGUCAGAACCGCCGAAGAUGCUAUCGACUCGUAUUAUCGAGGAAAGUCAGCCGAUUCCCUCGACGUCCGCCAUCGCUGACCCUUCCAGCUCGGUGAAGCCGAACAGCCAAGUAAGCCUAUCGGUUCAGGCUGAGCACAGUACAGUUUUACUGGAAACUGUUUCCCUCUUCGUCGUAGAUCAGGAUGGCAAGAAGGUCCCCGCACGCGCACUUCUAGAUUCCGGAUCCAUGUGCAACUUCAUCACCAAGAAGCUUGCAAAUUCCCUGAACCUUCAUCGCACCAAGGUGGAUAUCGCAGUAGCUGGUAUAGGUGAAGCCACCAAGCAGAUUAAGUGCCAAUUGACUGCUAUGAUCCAGUCGAAGUCGACACCGUACUCUACCAAGCUUGAGUUCCUGAUCCUCAAGAGACCGACGGUCAACCUUCCGACCGUUCCGGUCGACAUUUCCGCGUGGAAUCUUCCCAAGUUGUCGUUGGCAGACCCCAGAUUCCAUAUCCCAUCCGACAUUGACAUGGUUGUCGGUGGUGAAGCGUACCAUGAGCUGCAUCCUGGCAGCAAGCGUUCCCUGGGAGAGGGAUUACCGCUGCUAAUAGAGACGGUGUUCGGAUGGACUGUUUCCGGGAAGAUAUCCAUCAAUCAUCCCACUAUUCCCCGCGUCUGUCAUCUAACCACUGUCGAUCGCAGCUUAGAACAAGCGUUGCAGAAGUUCUGGGAACUAGAAGCUGUUGAGCCGUGUUCUGUGUAUUCCGUAGAAGAAAAACAGUGUGAAGAACUUUAUGCUACUACCACCACUCGCGAUUCGUCCGGUCGUUAUCUCGUUCGUUUGCCACUCACCCGUGAUCCGCUAGUCAACCUCGGCGAAUCCAGAGCCAUCGCCGAACGUCGUUUUCUGAGCCUUGAGAAGCGACUAGAGCGUGAUCCACCCACCAAGGAUGCAUACUGCAAGUUCAUGGACGAAUACGCACGAAUGGCGCACAUGAAGAAGCUCGUCGAUCCAGUAGACGAUGCGAACCCGCACUGCUACCUCCCGCACCACCCUGUGUUCAAAGAAUCCAGCACAACCACGAAGGUCCGAGUUGUUUUCGACGCAUCGUGCAAAACAUCGUCAGGAUUUUCCGUCAACAAUAAGCAGCUCAUUGGACCUGUCGUCCAGGAAGACCUGUUAUCUAUCGUCAUGAGGUUCCGCACACACCCGAUUGCCAUUGUAGCCGACAUCGAGAAGAUGUACCGACAGAUUCAGCUGCAUCCCGAAGACCGACCGCUUCAACGCAUUCUCUGGCGUUCCAACCGCGACGAUCCGCUCAUAGCGUACGAGCUCCAAACCGUUACGUACGGGUUUGCAUCCGCGCCAUUCCUAGCAACUCGCACCCUCCUACAAGUUGCACAGGACGAAGGCGACAAGUAUCCCGCCUCCGCAGAUGCUGUGAAACAGGAUUUUUACGUCGAUGACUUUUUAUCGGGAGCUGACGAUGUCCAAUCCGCAAUCCGCCUUCGCCAAGAAGUUUCCGCCAUGCUUACGUCAGCUGGCCUUCCGUUAAAGAAGUGGGCAUCCAAUUCCUCCGAAGUCCUUGCGCAAGUCCCGCAAGAAGAUCUCGCUCUACUGCCACUGCAUGAUCUUCAGGACGAACAAUCCGUAUCCACCCUAGGACUCGUGUGGGAGCCUAAGUCUGAUACGAUGCGCUUCAAGGUCCAGUUGCCUCUACCAGCACCCGUUCUGACCAAAAGGAAGGUCAUGUCCUACAUUGCGCAGAUCUUCAACCCACUAGGACUAGUUGGCCCGACAAUCACCGUAGCGAAACUGUUCAUGCAGCGUCUGUGGGCAUUGAAGACCGACGCAGGAGAUUCCUACGAGUGGGAUCGUCCGCUACCUCCGCAUUUCCAAGGCGAAUGGAAGGAGUUCCAUGGUACGCUAGACGCAAUCUCCACAAUCCGCAUUCCCAGAUUCGUGUCGCAGGUCAAGACCGAAACCAUCCAGCUCCAUUUUUUCUCCGAUGCUUCAGAGAAGGCAUAUGGCGCAUGCUGCUACGUCCGGUCUGAAUCCGCUGCAGGAAUUCGUGUUCAGCUGCUAACGUCAAAAUCCAAGGUCGCACCGUUAGCCACCUACCAAUCGAUUGCGCGCCUAGAGUUAUGUGCCGCCGUGUUGUCGGCUAGUCUAUAUGAGAAGGUGAUGAAGUCCCUUAAGACAGCGUGCGAAGUGUUCUUCUGGGUUGAUUCGACGAUAGUCCUCUACUGGCUGCAAUCGUGCCCAUCGCGCUGGAAAACGUUCGUGGCAAAUCGAGUGUCCACAAUACAAUCCACUACCGGAUCUUGCUCCUGGCAGCACGUUCCCGGAGAAUUCAACCCUGCAGACCUUAUAUCCCGAGGUGUCAAUCCGGCCGAUAUCGUGAACCUCGAGUUUUGGUGGAUAGGACCGCAAUGGCUAUCGGUUUCAUCACACCACUGGCCACGCACUGUGCUGCCAGCGUGCGAUUUGUCCACAAUGCCAGAGAUCAAAGGCAACGUCGCCAUGAUGUCGGUAGCGGUUGCCGAACCAUCUUUCUCCGCUCGACUUUUCAGUCGCUACUCCAGCUUUACGAAGCUACGACGUUCCAUCGCGUAUUGGAUGCGAUAUUUUCGCUCUCUACGAGCUGCCGUCCAGAAGACCAAACCAGAGCCGUUUGAGUCUCUUUCCACACCUAAUCUACGCGAUGCUGAUCUAGCAUUGUGCCGAAUUGCCCAACCAUCGUUGAAGUGGCUGAAACCGGUGAUGUAUAAAGACGGCGUUAUUCGAGUCGGUGGGAGACUCAAGCACGCCGCAGUUUCGGAAGAAGUGAAGCACCCGAUAAUGCUGCUUGCGAAGCACCCGCUAUCCGUGAUGUUGUCAGAGCACUACCACUACAAUCUGCUGCACGCAGGACCACAGCUGACGUUAACCACGAUGCGCCAGAAAUUCUGGGUGAUUGGAGGACGCGACCUCGUUCGCCGCACGUACCAUCAAUGCCACACGUGUUUUCGUAGCAAACCCCGUUUGAUCCAGCAAACCGUAGCAGACUUGCCGUCCUCGCGAGUUUCGCCAACCAGACCGUUUUCCGUAUGCGGUGUAGACUAUUGUGGGCCUGUCUACAUUAAAUCACCGAUACGAAACCGUGCACCGACGAAGGCAUACGUCGCGAUCUUCGUGUGUUUCUCCACCCGCGCUGUCCACAUCGAACUAGUCUCGGACCUAUCUACGCCAGCCUUUCUGGCUGCCCUUCGCCGUUUCGUCGCCCGCAGAGGAAGAAUGAGGGAGAUCCAUAGCGACAACGGCACCGCAUUCAAGGGAGCGUCCAACGAGCUCAACCGAAUCCACCAGAUGCUAAAGUCCGAUCAAGGUGGACGAAAGCAGAUCCUCGAUUGGUGUUCCGAGAAUGAGAUCACGUGGCGAUUCAUUCCACCUCGCGCUCCGCACUUCGGCGGUCUGUGGGAGGCAGCCGUCAAGUCAGCUAAGCACCAUCUGCUGCGGGAGAUCGGCUGUGUGAACGUCGGUUACGAGGACAUGAUAACCAUACUCACCCAGAUCGAGAUGUGUCUAAACUCCAGACCUCUCACCGCGAUACCAUCCGAUCCGUCAGACCUGGAAGCUCUGACCCCAGGCCAUUUCCUGGUGGGAACCAGCCUACAAGCCGUUCCAGAACCGUCACUUUGCGAUGUACCCGACAAUCGACUUUCACAUUGGCAGCACACCCAGAAGCGUGUCCAAAGGAUUUGGGCAAGGUGGUAUCCCGAGUACCUUCAGCAGCUGCAGUCACGAGCCACGAAGCAGUACCCCAAGGUCACCAUUGAACCCGGACGAGUUGUGGUGAUCAAGGACGAAUGUCUGCCGCCAACUCAAUGGCCACUAGGAAAAAUCAUCCAGGUACACCCGAACAAGGAUGGAAUUGUUCGCGUUGUCACCCUGAAAACCGCCACAUCCGAUUCAGUUGUCCGGCCAGUCGUGAAACUGGCCUUGCUUCCGACACCGGAAACGCAGUCCACAGCGUCUGAUCCCAGUUCGGACGAAGAAUAG